AAGACAAAAUUAGCAAGAAAACAAAAUCUAUAACUUAUCCUUAUAAUUAAGCAAAAAUGUGUGCAUUAGUCCCUCCAUUGUUCCCAAACUUCGGGUGGCCGUCGACGGGAGAGUACGAAGGCUACUACGUCCCUGGAGAGAACCUCAAAAGCGACACGUUUCUUGAUUUUCCGGUACCAGAGACUUAUGGAGUUGCGGCUCAUCAGAACAGUUUGGGCGUCUCUGUUUCGUCGGAAGGAAAUGGAAUAGACAACAAUCACGUCGUGAUCAAGAAGCUUAAUCACAAUGCAAGUGAGCGUGACCGUCGCAAGAAGAUCAACUCUUUGUUCUCAUCUCUUCGUUCAUGUCUUCCAGUCUCAGAUCAUUCGAAGAAGCUAAGUAUCCCUGCGACUGUUUCGCGGAGCUUAAAGUACAUACCAGAGUUGCAAGAGGAAGUGAAGAAGCUAAUAGAAAAGAAGGAAGAACUCUUGAUUCAAGUAACGGGUCAAAGAGACAUUGACCAUUAUGAUAAGCCGCAACCUAAGGCGGCCGCGAGUUAUCUAUCAACCGUUUCUGCGACUAGGCUUGGAGAAAAUGAAGUGAUGGUCCAAAUCUCAUCGUCCAAGGUUCAUAACUUUUCGAUAUCUAAUGUAUUGCGUGGUUUAGAAGAAGAUGGUUUUGUUCUUGUUGAUGUUUCAUCCUCAAGGUCUCAUGGAGAGAGAUUAUUCUACACUUUGCAUCUUCAAGUGGAAAUUAUGGAUGCUUAUUACAAAAUGAAUUGCGAAGAGUUAAGUGAAAGGAUGUUGUACUUGUACGAGAAAUGUGAAAACUCGUUGUUUAGGUAA